GCGGGGCCUCGAGGGUGGCGGCGGACUCGGGAGCGGAUUCGGCGCGCCGGGCCGGGUGUGGACGGGCGCCGAGCGGCCGAGGCGCGCCAUGGCCCAGCAGCGAGCGCUGCCCCAGAGCAAGGAGACGCUGCUGCAGUCCUACAACAAGCGGCUCAGGGACGACGUCAGGUCCGUCAUGGACAACUUCACGGAGAUCAUCAAGACCGCCAAGAUCGAGGAGGAGACGCAGGUGUCGCGGGCCACUCAGGGCGAACAGGACAACUACGAGAUGCACGUGCGGGCCGCCAACAUCGUCCGAGCGGGCGAGUCCCUGAUGAGGCUGGUGUCCGACCUCAAGCAGUUCCUCAUCCUCAACGACUUCCCCUCGGUGAACGAGGCCAUCGACCAGCGCAACCAGCAGCUGCGCGCCCUGCAGGAGGAGUGCGACCGGAAGCUCGUGGCGCUUCGGGACGAGGUCUCCAUCGACCUGUACGAGCUGGAGGAGGAGUACUACUCGUCCAGCUCGAGUCUUGGCGAAGCUAAUGACCUGCCUCUGUGCGAAGCUUACUGGAGGCCGGACCUCGACACAGACUCUGCCGAUGGCCUCGCAGCCCCUCCGCUGGCGUCCCCGGAGCCCGGCGCCGGCCCCCUGCCGGCCGCAGCCACGGCCCACUCCCACGCGGGUGGCCCUGGCCCCACGGAGCACGCCUGAGCUGCCAGGCCCUGGUUUCUCCGGACCUUGGGGACCUGGACAGGGUGCCUGGGGGGCUGACCCCGCCACUGCCUCGCUGGGCGGCCAGGCGGGAAGGAGGCAGCCGGCCCCUGGACUGUGCGCUUGCGGCCACGACUGUCCGCGCCCCUUCUGCUGUCGAAUAAAAACGCCGCCUCCUGUUCUCGGAGGAGCCUCUUCCUUGGGCGGCCCCGGGCGGCCCCGGGCCCCGAC